AUAAUGUUUUUUUAUAUAUAUAAUUUGUAAGUCUUAAUUAUUAAAUGAAGAACUUUGAGACGUUAGUUCUCUUUUUCAUAAUAUGCGAUUUUUAUAAUUAGAUAUUCUAUUUUUAAAAUUUUCAAUUUAUUUUUGUAUUUUAAAUUUUCAUAAUUUAUUUGAUUUUAAUCUCUGAAGAGCAGAUAACACGUGUUAAAGUUUUGAUCGUCCGUGAGCUGAGAAAACAACGAUCACUCGUCACGUUGAAGACCGUAUAAAAGUAAACGAUCAAGUGAGUGAUUUCUAAGGGAGCAGUGUGUCUUCACUCCGUCUACCAAGUUCGAACAAACAAUGGGGCAUUCUUCCAUUUCGAUGUUAAUCUUCCUCUGCAAUCUUCUUCUUCUCUUCUCAGCGCCAUCAUCUUCUGCCUCCGAUGAUGAACUUCGCGUGACGCUCCAUGCCAAGAACCUCAUCAGAGACCUCAAUUUGUUCCCCGAUGACGAUGUCAACGUCAUUUCCGUUGCCAAUUUUUCUUCUAUCCAACCACGCAAGAUCGUUGAGAAGCGCUUCAGGUUCCCCAACCUAAUAGCUUCUGAUUCGGGGGUUUCCGUUGAGGAUUUGGGUCACUACGCUGGGUAUUACCCUAUUCAACAUUCACACGCCGCAAGGAUGUUCUACUUUUUCUUUGAAUCACGCAACAGCAAGGAAGAUCCUGUUGUAAUUUGGUUGACAGGGGGACCUGGGUGUAGUAGUGAAUUGGCUUUGUUUUAUGAAAAUGGCCCUUUCAAAAUUGCUGAUGACUUGUCUCUUGUGUGGAAUGAAUAUGGUUGGGACAAGGCAUCAAAUCUUUUGUAUGUUGACCAACCAACUGGAACUGGCUUUAGCUACAGUACUGAUUUGCGUGACAUUCGACAUAAUGAAGAGGGUGUCAGCAAUGACUUGUAUGACUUCAUGCAGGCCUUCUUUGCAGAGCAUCCCGAAUAUGCAAAGAAUGACUUUUUUAUUACAGGUGAGUCAUAUGCUGGACAUUAUAUUCCUGCUUUUGCCACUCGUAUCCACCGGGGAAACCAAGCUAAAGAUGGAAUUCAUAUAAACCUGAAGGGAUUGGCCAUUGGUAAUGGGCUUACUAACCCUGCAAUUCAGUAUAAAGCUUACCCAGAUUAUGCACUAGAAAUGGGCAUCAUUAAGAAGGCUACACAUGACCGCCUUGACAAAGUAUUGGUUCCAGCCUGUGAAUUGGCAAUAAAGCUAUGUGGCACUGACGGAAAGAUUGCCUGUGCAACUGCAUAUGUAGUUUGUAAUCUCAUAUUCAGUGACAUCAUGUUACAUGCUGGAAACGCAAAUUACUAUGAUAUUAGAAAAAAGUGUGAGGGGAGCCUUUGCUAUGAUUUUUCAAACAUGGAGAAGUUCCUCAACCAAAAAUCUGUUCGGGAUUCACUGGGGGUUGGAAAAAUCCAUUUUGUUUCUUGUAGCACUGAAGUUUAUCUGGCUAUGUUGGUGGAUUGGAUGAGGAAUCUUGAAGUUGGUAUUCCCGCCCUUCUUGAGGAUGGAAUCAAUUUGCUUGUUUAUGCUGGGGAAUAUGAUCUCAUCUGCAACUGGCUUGGUAAUUCAAGAUGGGUUCAUGCCAUGGAAUGGUCUGGUCAGAAAGAAUUUGUGGCCUCACCUGAAGUUCCUUUUGUUGUUAAUGGAUCAGAAGCCGGAUUAUUGAAGAGCUAUGGACCUCUAAGUUUCCUUAAGGUCCAUGAUGCGGGUCACAUGGUUCCAAUGGACCAGCCCAAGGCUGCAUUAGAGAUGCUGAAGAAGUGGACUCAGGGAACCCUUGCUGAAUCUAGAGCUUAUGAAGAAAAAUUGAUUGCUGAGAUGUGAUCUCUUUUAUUACUAAAUUAGUCUAGCAUAAGGGAACACAAAUGAGAGAAGAAAUUCCAGUGGAAGUGUGACCAGUAGGUAGUUUUGUGAUGUCAUAUCUCCCCCAAACUCGUGCAAUUUCUGAAACGACAGUGUACUAGGAACUCACUGUCAUAGAAGAAAAUAACUAUUCUAAAGGAGCAGUAUUCAUGUAAGGACUUGACUUUUCUCUGUACCUAUUAGUUGUAUCUUCAUAUUUACGUUUCUCUGCUGAUAAAUUAAUAUUUGAAUGAAUAAUUCAUUUGUUAUAUGAUCUAACCACUUAUACACUUUUGUCUCUAGGAUGUAUUGGUUUGAGGGGAAGAAAAUUAAGAGGGCAGGGAAUAGGAUUAGAUUGUUUAUUUUUCUUUACCUUUUACCCAAAUAAUCGAAGGAUUUUUUUUAU